AUUCCAGAGUCGUCUCUGGUGGCUGGAGGGUCGUAUUCCUGUUUCUUGUGGCCUCGGGGCACCUGCACACAUCCUCAACAUACCCGCCCAACCCUGGCAUCACCGCAGCCGGUGGGGACAUCCAUGUUUACCGCGAAAGGACACCUGCGGUUGGCUUUCUCACUCGCAAACCAAAGCCGAGGCAGGAGAUGGAGAACCGUAUAAUACUGUUCCACCACUGCGGGAAGGAGGUGUAUUGCUUCUUCGUGCCAGAGCAAUGCCCGAUCUGCGGGCAGGGGCUGGCAGCCAGGAGCCUGGGGGACGCUCCCGUCUGUGUCCCCAACCCCUUUGUCAACGGGCACCACGAGAAGUGCUCCUUCCUGGUCAAACCCACCAAAGGGACCUUUAUCAGAGAAUACGAUGGACGGUCUGACCUUCACGUUGGAAUCUCAAACACCAGCGGCGUGGUGUAUAACUUUACCGAGGCGGGUGUGGGGCGGGAUGCCUGUGGCUGGGAGGAGUGCGUCAGCGUGGCCCUGGUACAGCCGGACAUGUUCGGGCUGAUGAACCAGUGGGAUCGUUACCUGGAGCAGAUCUCGCAGGCUGAUCUCUGGCUUCCCCACAGGUACGAGGAAUCUGAGCACAAUUGCUAUGCCUUCGCCCUGACCUUCAUUAACCGUGUGUUGGCUGCCCAGAGCAGGCGGCAGCUGAGCAGGACUGAGUUCACGGAGAGGUUUGUGUUGCCCAGGACCAGGCGAGGCUCCAGGUAUCUGACCCUGUACCGGGAGCUGUGCAGGAGCUACUUCUAUAUCGUGGACACAGAGCGGGACAGCGGUGAGAACAGGGAACUUUAACACACAGACACCUCUGUAUAUAUGUCACGUGCGAAUAUGUAAAGUAAUAAUCAGAAUCCUUGAUACAGCGCCUUAUCACGUCUUCGAGACAUCUCAAAGCGCUUCACAGGAUAGAGUGUAAAGUGAAUUGACUGUAUAUUUUGUGGGCGAAAUGUGAAUGUAUUAUACAUAAGAACCAUGUUAAUGUGCGUGUGUAUUAUAUGUAAUACAACAGCAACAAAUUAUAUUUGUAUAGCGCCUUUCACAUCGGGAGCACGUCCCCAGGUGCUGAUAACC